AUGGGUCGAAUGCACGCCCCUGGCAAAGGCAUCUCCAAGAGUGCUCUUCCUUACCGACGAUCUGUUCCAACGUGGCUGAAGCUGACCACUGACGAUGUGGUGGAUCACAUUGCGAAGCUGGCGAAGAAGGGCAUGCGACCCUCGCAGAUCGGUGUCAUGCUUCGAGACUGGUACGGCGUCGCCCAGGUCCGCUGGGUCACCGGCAACAAGAUUCUGCGCAUUCUGAAGAAGCGCGGCCUGGCCCCCGCCCUGCCCGAGGACCUCUACUACCUGAUCAAGAAGGCGGUGGCCAUUCGCAAGCACCUGGAGCGCAACCGCAAGGACAAGGACGCCAAGUUCCGCCUGAUUCUCGUGGAGAGCCGCAUCCACCGGCUGGCGCGCUACUACAAGACCAAGAGCGUCCUGGCGCCCAACUGGCGCUACGAGUCCUCCACCGCCUCGGCCCUGGUUGCGUAG